AAUUUGCUGUACGCGCAUUCUUUUCAUUUCUUUUUUCACCGAGACUACCAAGAUAUACCGCUAUAGUGAUUUACCACGUGUUUCAAUGACCUUGAACUCUGUUUGCUCACUUGUAUGAAGGUGAAUGCCCCAAGCACCUGCACUCUUCGACUUGCAAGUAUACAUUUAUAUAUGGGUAAAGGUCUGGCCUUCAGAAGAAAAAAUGACUGGAGAUUGGAAGACCAUUUUCGUAACUGGAGGUGCCGGUUACAUCGGCAGUCAUUGCAUCGUCGAGCUCUUGGAGUGUGGAUACGACGUGGUAGCAAUAGACAAUUUCGCAAAUAGCGUUACGGAAACCGAUGGCGAAUCCGCGGCGCUCAAGAGAGUUGAGCAAAUAACAGGGAAGAAGGUCACGUUUUAUAACUGCGAUCUGCUCGACAGAGAGAAGCUUGAGACAGUCUUUAAUAAGUACAAAAUAGACUGUGUAAUACACUUUGCGGCUAUCAAAGCCGUCGGCGAGUCCAUGCAAGUUCCGCUUCAUUACUACCGGAAUAAUAUAAUAGGAGCUAUUAAUUUGCUGGAGGUAAUGAAAGCAGCUGGCUGUUUUCAGCUUGUAUUCAGCAGCUCUUGUACAGUUUACGGCGAACCUACAGAAUUGCCUAUCACGGAGGAACACGAAACUGGUAAUAUCACCAAUGUUUACGGCCGGACAAAAUAUUUUAUCGAAGAGAUGUUGAAGGAUAUCUCUAGAGCUGAAAAGAAUUGGAAUAUUGUAUCACUAAGAUACUUCAAUCCAGUCGGUGCUCACUCCUCCGGCUUGAUCGGUGAAGACCCGACGAAACCGUUUACAAAUUUGAUGCCGUAUAUUGCUCAAGUUGCUUCGAGACACAAGCCGGAACUGCUUAUAUUCGGUGGCGAUUAUGCCACGAACGAUGGUACAGGAGUUCGCGAUUACAUCCAUGUUAUGGACCUGGCAGCAGGACAUGUGGCAGCGUUAAACGCCUUACACAAACAGCAUCUGAGACUAAAAAUCUAUAAUUUGGGUACCGGCAAUGGCGUCACUGUAUUGGAAUUGAUAAAAACAUUUGAAAAAGUCACUGGCACUACUGUGCCAUACAUUAUAAAAGAAAGAAGAGAAGGCGAUAUCGUUUCCAUGUAUGCUAAUACAGAUUUGGCAAAGAAAGAAUUAGGAUGGACAGCAAAAUACAACGUUGAGCAAAUGUGUCAAGAUUUUUGGAGGUGGCAAGUGAUGAAUCCACAUGGUUAUCGAACUUCAAUAAAGAAUGGAAUUAAUGAACAUCUGAAUAAUACAUCAUAACAAUAAGUUGUAUCAAAGAACUUGCAAAUAAUUUAUAUAAUAAAGGAUCCAUACACGUUUUGUCUAUAAAUUACAU